AUGGCAGCAGCUCCAGGAGACAGCAGCCCCAGCGACGACAGCCGGCUGGACCGAGAGACGGCCCAGUGGCUGCGAUGGGACCAGAAUCCUUUAACUUUAGAAUGUGUGAAAAAACUAAUUGCGGAUGGUAAUAAAGAAGAACUACAGAAAUGCUUUGGGGCACGGAUGGAAUUUGGAACAGCUGGGCUCCGAGCUGCGAUGGGACCAGGCAUCUCUCAGAUGAACGACUUGACCAUCAUCCAGACUACACAGGGAUUUUGCAGAUACUUGGAAAAACAGUUCAGCGACCUGAAGCAGAGAGGCGUGGUCAUCAGCUUUGAUGCCCGUGCCCACCCUCCCAGUGGGGGCAGUAGCAAGAGGUUCGCCCGGCUUGCUGCAACCACAUUCAUCAGCCAGGGGAUCCCUGUGUACCUCUUUUCUGAUAUCACUCCAACCCCCUUUGUGCCUUACACAGUAUCACACCUGAAGCUUUGUGCCGGAAUCAUGAUAACUGCCUCUCAUAAUCCAAAGCAGGAUAAUGGUUAUAAGGUCUAUUGGGAUAAUGGAGCCCAGAUCAUUUCUCCUCAUGAUAAAGGAAUUUCUCAAGCUAUUGAAGAAAAUCUGGAGCUGUGGCCAAAAGCUUGGGAUGAUUCAUUAAUUGAUGGCAGUUUGCUUCUUCAUAACCCAACUGCUUCCAUCAAUAAAGACUACUUUGAAGACCUGAAAAAAUACUGCUUUCACGGGAGUGUGAAAAGGGAGAGCAAGGUGAAGUUCGUGCACACGUCGGUGCACGGCGUUGGCCAUGACUUCGUGCAGUCCGCCUUCAGAGCCUUUGACUUCGCUCCCCCGGAGGCUGUGCCCGAGCAGAAGGAUCCUGAUCCCGAGUUCCCCACCGUGAAAUAUCCGAACCCAGAAGAGGGCAAAGGUGUCUUGACACUCUCUUUUGGAUCCAACAAAGUGAAGAUAUCCAACUUACCUCCAAUUGUUGAAGAACCAGACUUCUGA